AUGGUGUGUGCAAGUAGUCUAUUGUCCAGUUUCCAUGCUCAGCCCGCAGUCUACUACAUUCGACUAGAUCAAGGCGGUAUUUUCCGGAUAAAAAAAAAUCCUUCAGCUAUAACACCCUUCCGGUGCCUAGCUGCCAUGCCACCCGAAGGAAGCACGAGGGCUGGGAUACUGCCAGGUUGCCCAAGCCUAGACGGGGGAAAUCGAGAGGCAGAGUUCGGGUUCGAACCACGGACCUUC